UGACCCCAUAGGAAGUAUCAGGAAGCAGGCCCACUGAAUGUAAAACAUGGAAAACCGGGCAAACAACACCCUGUCCGACGAAAGUGCGGUGAACUGCCCCAUUUGCUUGGAGAAGAUUCAGAGAAGGAAAACUCUUAGCUGUCAGCACUCUUUUUGCUCGGUGUGCAUCGACUCUGUUUUCAGGCUUAAGCCCGCAUGUCCGCUAUGCAACACCUUCCACGGAGUUUACAUGGGGACCCAGCCAGACGGUGUGAUGGAGGUGACCAAAAGCAUCAUGAAGCUGCCAGGCUUCGACAACUGCGGCUCUAUCGUCAUUCAUUACAUUUUUCCAGCUGGGGUACAAGGGCCUGAACACCCAAACCCGGGAGUGAGGUACAGCGGCACCUCCCGUGUUGCCUACCUGCCAGACUGCACAGAGGGACAGAAAGUCCUGAGGCUGCUGAGGAAAGCGUUCGACAGGAAACUCACGUUUACCAUCGGACGGUCGGCCACCACAGGACUCAACAACGUCAUCACCUGGAACGACAUUCACCAUAAGACCAACAUAGAUGGAGGCCCACAGCACUUUGGCUAUCCAGAUCCAGGGUAUCUGUUCAGGGUUCAAGAAGAGCUUCGACUCAAAGGCUUAACAGAAGAUGACUAAUGUUGGAAGCCAUCUUUUAGACGGCCUUAUUGCUACUCCUGAUAACAUUUCCAGUUGCAAGCCUGAUCUUUUUCUCAGAAAUGUUCACAACUGACAUUUGUAAGAAUUUUUUUUUUUUAUAUAAGUUUGCUAAAACCGAGGUAAAAGUUUUCCUAAUUAUUUUCUUCUGCUUUACUUUUGCAUAAUCUCCUUAAAGCCAAAAAAACAGGAGAAGUUUGUUGAUUUGAUUUCAUAUCUGUUUUUUUAGUGUCUUUUAUAAAAAAAAAAAACAUUCGGUACCAUCCGCAUGUAUUGGCACUUUAGGUAAAGAUUUGCUAAAACAGUUUAAAAUAAAUAGAUUUUAUGUUACAUUAUAAUGAAACCUGCUUCUGUUUUGUUUUAAGAUGUUUACUUGUAGCCAUUUACUGACUAGAGGAUCAACACCUCAUUCUAGCUUUAAUAGCAGGCUUUGUUGUCUUUUUCAUUUUGAAGAGUAAUCCCAGACGCUUUUAUUUAUUUAAUAAAUGGUAAAUGGCCAGUAGGCAAUGCAGGUGAAGUGUCUUGCCCAAGAACACAAUGACACUGAAAGCCGGAGCCGAGGCUUGAACCAACAAUUCUCCAGUGAUAAUAUAUAAAUGGAGAGUUAUGGUUAGGCAAAUAUCUUUGGCAGUAAGAUGUUAAAUAUACCUUUUGAUACUGUUUAAUGUUGUUUUUUUUUGUUUUUUUUGCCAAUCAGUCUUGCACAUCCAAAGCCUUUAAGAUGUCAUAAAUGUGUUGCUCUUUUCCAGCUCCCUCAUUCUAAGUAGUUGGCAGACAUCUUUCAUUAAUAGUAUACAUGAGCAUAACAUUUCCUGAAAAAUAUAUUAAGCUAGAUAUAAAUAUUAUUAAAAAAUGUUUUUUGUUAAAAAUAUACCUUAAUAUUUCCAAUAAAUAUAUGUAUAAAUAAAAGAUUAGCGAAUGGCAUUGCAUGAGUGUUGGCUAAUAAAUGUUUAUGCAUUUAGCAAAAGUAAAUCUUUUGAAUUCUUUUUCAAUUAUGAGCAUCAGUAGCAUUUGUGCCUUAUGCAAUAUUUGAUAAAUUAGUGCCUUAAGAAAUAUGAAUCAAAAGAAUGAUUCAUUUGUUUUGAAAUCACCAUCUGUGCCUCUGUGCAGCUUAGGUACAGUUGGAAACUUUUUUUUUUUUAUACCCUGCCUGCAUUACUAUUCUGGGUCACUAGAUGGUGGUGUAAUCCUGAUAAAAAGCUGUUAGAUACUGUUUUCAUCAUGUGAAGCCCAGCUUUCUCAAAGAUUCCUGUCCAGUUAUUAGGUCGGUCAUUGAGACAGGGGGAAGUUGCUUUUUGUUUUUUUGUAAUAUGAUGACGUUUGUAGUUGGUUCCUACCUUUGCUGCCUGAUGGUUGAAAGCAGAAUGUGAUGCUGUUGUUCUCUAAAUAUGAGAAGACCACAUUUUUCUUGUAUUAAUUCUGUUCUGAAUAUAUAUAUUUUUUUUGCAGCAGCUGAAUGCAUAUAAUGUACGGUGUUAUGAAAAUGUCUUUGUAAAUAUUGAUCUUUUUCAUGAUUUGUCUCAUCAUUCAGUGUAUUUUAUCAUUCUUUUAUGCAAUAGAACAACACAAAAUAGCAGAUAACUGAAGUAGAAUGUUGAUGAUAGAUGGUGUAAACAUCUUUUGGGAGUGUACCAUGUAGAGUGUAUACUAAACAUUAAAUAGUAUAUUCCUAUCUCAGUUUUAAUUCUUUGUAAAUCACAUUUUACUUCAGCUGGAACUGUAAUUCUGCUAGGAUAUCGCUCUACCAGCUUGCCACUUUAACAGAUUGUUCUUAUUUGGAAAUAUAGUUCAAACACGGAACUUAAAAAAAAAAAAAAAGUGCAAUAAUUUUUUAAGUUGAGCACAGAUUGUCAGCUGGGUUUAGGUCUGGACUUUGGGCCACUAACAAAUAAAUUCUUUGAGCUAAACGGUGUCAAACUGCUUUGAUUGUGUGUUUAUGGAUUUUGUUCUUGGGGACAGUGAACCAUUAAC